AUGCCGCUCUGUAUUCAGAAGCUGGUACACAUCGGGAACAUCAUCAUGGAAUUUGGCUACGGACCUGACGACGGACCUACUCACUGGAUCCUGGCAUGUCCCAAUGCAGGGGGACGCCACCAGUCUCCAAUCGAUAUCGAAACUGAAAUGGUUAAAUUUGAUCAUCACCUCCACCGACAUCACCUUAAGAUUGACUUCGAAAAGGAGCACAACCCGGAAGUAAUGAACAAUGGACACUCCUUUGAAGUGGAAAUAAGGGAGCAUUCGACUUUAACUGGCGGAAUCCUCGGCCAUGAGGAAUACCAUUUAAGGCAGUUCCAUUUUCACUGGGGACUCACCGACCAUACUGGCUCAGAACAUACGGUCAAUGGGAAACACUAUGCUGCAGAGCUUCAUUUCGUGACCUAUGACCCUAAGAAGUACGGAACAUUUAAGGAGGCUCUGGGCAAGGAGGACGGCCUGGCUGUGCUUGCAGUGUUCAUCAAGGUUGGAAAACACGAAAAUAAAGAAUUCGAAAAGCUCUGUGAUCUGAUGCACUCUGUCGAGAAAGCUCACACCAGCUGUCACAUGAAGGGUGUUUUUCAUCCCUCUAAACUGCUGCCAUCUGAUACGACAAAGUAUUAUACCUACCCUGGAUCUCUGACCACGCCCCCUUUGUCGGAAUGUGUCAGGUGGAUAAUAAUGGAAGAACCCAUCCAUGUGUCUGAACACCAGUUGAAGUGCCUUAGACACUUGAAAGAUGCCCAUGGCGGACCUCUUGAAGACAACUUCCGUCCCACCAUGCCACUUGGAGACAGAGUUGUCAAAGCGUCCUUCAAGUGA